AUGGCCAAUGCGCAAGAUAAAGAAUCUUGUGUUGUAAAAGUUAUAUCUGGGUUAAAUUCUCGUAAUAAAAAAUUACAAGACAGGUAUAUAAAGCAGAAGCGAAAUUUUGAUCAUGAACAAAGAAGUUGGGAACAGGAGAGAAAAAAAUGGAGUCAGAAACUAGCUGGGUCCAAUGCUAUGAUUCAGAAAUUACGUAUUCAUAAUCUUGAACUUAUUGAUGAAGCUAGGCCUGAAGUAGAACAUAAGUUAGCUUCGAAAGUCAGUGAACUUGAGUGUCUGAAAUCGGAGGCUAUAUCAAACCCCGUACUUGGUGAAAAUGAUGAAAAAAAUAUGACCAAGCCUGAUGAUAUAUUUGCAGUAUUGCAAAGCAGGCCAUUAGGUGAUUCUCUGAAUUAUGACACUUACGUAUCUAAUAAAUCUAGCAAAAAUCUAAGUAAGUAUUUUGUACAUGAAAAAAGUAUGGAUCAAACUGAAAAAAUUGAUAAUGAUAUCUCGACAUACUAA